AUGGCUUUCAGUCUCCUUUGGGAAAUGGACGGCCGCCUGGCCAGCAGGGAGCAGCAGCCAGGCUGGCCCUACGCGCCGUGGUGCCCCGCGUGCCAGAGCCUGCAGCCGGAGUGGGAGAGCUUCGCCGAGUGGGGCGAGGACCUGGAGAUCGGCAUCGCCAAGGUGGACGUGACGGAGCAGCCGGGACUCAGUGGGCGGUUUAUCAUAACAGCACUUCCCACCAUUUACCACUGUAAAGAUGGAGAGUUCAGACGGUACCAGGGGCCGCGGACCAAGGCUGAUUUCAUUAACUUCAUCAGCGAGCAGGAGUGGAAGUCUGUGGAGCCCGUGUCCUCGUGGUUUGGCCCUUCCUCCUUCCUGAUGAGCAGCAUGUCGGCCCUGUUCCAGCUGUCCAUGUGGAUCCGGCACUGCCACAGCUACCUCACGGAGCACCUUGGAAUCCCAGUCUGGGGGUCCUAUGCUAUUUUCACGUUCGUGACCUUGUUUUCGGGACUUCUGCUGGGACUCGUCAUGGUGUUUAUGGCAGACUGUCUUUGCCCUUCCAAGAAGCAGAGGCCCCCGCAGAGCCCCUGUCGAAAAAAGCUGCCGGCGUCCCCUCAGCUCGCGAAAAGGACGCGUGGAGAGCAGGAUGACGAGGCUUUGGAUGCCGAGGGGGAGCACGGCGCACCGCCACCCUCCGCCCCGCCGCCCAGCACGCUGAGGCAGCGCAUCGUGGUCCCAGCUGAUGAAGAGGAGCAGGCUUAGCUCCUGCCCACCGGCGGCUUUCCGGAUUCCCCGGGUCACCUCCUGGCGUGGAAACAGGAAGGUCCUGUGAGGCUGGGGAUUCGCCUCUUGGUCCCGAAGACGGAAACGUGGCACAUUCGUUCGACAGAAAAACAGACGCUUCCCUCAGGGCUUCCCGGAGGCGUCCGCUCAGGGCCUGACCGUUGGCACGCCCUUCUUGGACCGGUCUGGAAGGGGUGGGGGGUGACCGCUUUGGGGCCGCGGAGGCGCCGUUCGGGGUGGCCAGCCUGCAGCGCUGGAGGGCAGCGGCCCGGAGUGGCGGCGGCAGUGGCGGCGGUGGCUUCUCACCUCUGGAGCCGGUCAGGGAAGGGAGGCCGGCCAGCCGGCCGGCUGGCUGCUGCCACCUCUGUGCGCGGCCUUGUGUGCUGCCGCUCUCCGUGCCGAGGGGUCUUGGCCCUGCAUCUCCCCGCAAAGGCUGCGUGGCCAGCGAGGGCCCCCAUGUGCGGCUGGGGCGGAGCCUGCUGCCCCAAGAGAAGGGCCGAAGGGCGCCUUCCUGUCCCUUUGUGCCCCCGCCCAGAGGCGGCAGCUAGUCGUGGCCCCAUCGGCCCCCCGGGCACCGGCUCGCUCCUCCCCGCCCCCCGUCCUCGCAGCUUCUGCCUGGCGCCUGCCAGCGAAGGGCGAGGGGCCGUGUCCUCGACUCGGCGGGCCGAUGCCAAGCGGGCCGCAGCACUCCGCCCAGGAUGCGGACUCGGCAGGAGGGGCUGGGGUGCAGAACGCGGAGCUGGUCACGUCGGUACUUGUUCUGGUGUAGCCAGCUCAAAGAAAGGAAGGGCGGGCGUUCCAGAGAGCGGGGAGGAGGGUGACGGCUCCUCAUUUCCCUGCGCAGGUGCCUCCUCAUAAAAUCCCUGAAUGGAAGCGCCUCCCUCUGCAGCGGCGAAGAGCCAGCGCUGGGCUCAGCAGCCAUUGCACGUGCUCCGUCCUCGGUGGCUGCGGGGCACGUCUCUGAGGGAGGCUUCUGGCCCUGGGCUAGCAGCUCGCUUUCCAGAAGACAGUCUAACACCUUCCAGCUCCUCGGGGAGCAGGCGUUGAGGCUGCUGCCGUCCGAGGAAGCCCCUUCCCUGGAUGAUGCCGGAGAGCUCUGCCCUCUGGGAAGGAGCACCACGCAGUCUUCCCCAGGCCGCAGCCUGCGGCGCGAGGCAGGCAGCCGGAAUGCUCUGCAGAGGCUCGGGCCGCGCUCCAGCGCAGCUUGCCCUCGCCCGCCAGCAAGAGCGUCUGGAACAGCGUUGCGCUGAAGGCAGAGGCCUGGAGCAGGCCGUGCCCCGGCUGCCUGCGUUGCUGCCCCGCCGGCGCCGCGCCCAGGCACCUUGGCCCGGCCAGGCAGUCGGGGCCUCCGCAGCGCUGCUCUCCCAUUGGCGCCGUUUGGCACACCGCGGGUGCGGUGGAUGUUCACGCUGGAUCUCCACAGUUGGAUCCUGCCCGAGGUGGACGUUUCUCCGUUUCCUCACGUGCUGCCUGGGAAAACAGACGGCUGCCCUGGACUCCUGGUUGGCCUUCGGCGCAGAGGGAGGCUCGGGCACGUCCAGCCGCAUUUCCUCCCUGUUCACAUGUUUCAGGAUGGUCCAGGCAGUGCGCUGAUGCUCACCACCAAGAGGCGACCGUGCUGGGAGCCGUCCCGCCUGAGCCCGCCUCGUGCUGAUGAAGAGCUGAAGGGCCCCGUUGCGCAGGCACAGAGCGGGAGAGCGCGGCGCUUGCCCUGGCUGAACGGCGCACGGCAUCAGGGAGGGCGGAUGCGGGAAGGCUGGACGGCUCGCCUGCGGGAAGCCGCAUCCCUGCAUGUGGUGGCGCUCUGAGCAGAGCCGUCUGGGCCGAGUCCAGUUGCCCCGUUACUGCAGAGCUGCUUGCGAGGACUUGGUGUGCGUGUGUUGUGGGAGGGGAGGGCAGAAAGGACCUCGUGGCCCUCCAGAUGGCAACACGGAGGUCCUCGGGCAAAGCUCCGGACAGGAGACACACUCCGAGAAGGCCAGGCCUGGCUUCACUCCGUGGUCCUGCCUGCAGCAAGCGAGUGGUUCCCACAGCCUGGACAGCUCCUCUCUGCCCACCACACUUGCGGGGGGCUGUUGGCGGCUCUCGGUGGGAAUCCAGUUCUGCUCCGCAUGGGAUGGGAUGGUAUGGGGGGCAUUCUGGGAAGGCGGCUCGUGGAAACCGCGCUUUGCUCAGGGUACCGAGGAAGCUGCUUCUGAGCAUCUGCUGCUGCCGGUUCUUGGCCCACAGCUGGAAUCGCCGAUCCAGCGCAUGCCAUGCCGUCAGCCGCCGGGUCGAUGUCUUCUCUGCGGUGGACCAAAUGCCUCUGUCCCUCCGGGAAACAUUUCCAAGUAAUAAAAGUUUAUCUCCA